GUUUAUGAAAGGGCAAAGUCAUAAGGAGUCGUUUUAAAAUGGAAACUCUCUCCAGCGUUGCAAAAAAAAAAAAAAAAAAAAACAUUCAAAGAAACAAAAACCGCUGAAAAUGACUUUCACGCAAGAGGUUGAGUCAGGAGUCGGCGCUAGCUACCUAACGGAAGAGAACACAGGUCACUUUGGUUAAGAAAAAAAAAGACCGACGAGAAUUUGAAUUAGUUUCUGUACGCAACAAGUGUUUGAAGAACACAGUCAUGUCGGAGCCCUCCAGUUCAGAGUUUUUGUCUCGACGAAUAGAUGAGCUUAGCAAAUCAACUUUUCCUCCCCCAAAACCACCAUCAAGCCGGAAACAUGAGGUCUUUAAGACUGAAGAUUUUUCUGACAUCGAUGAACAUGCAGAAAGUGCUCCAGAAAAUCUGCUAGAUGGAGGGGUCGAGAACCUUCUAGACUACCUGAGACUUCCACACUACACCACACAGCUGCAGCUACUGAGGGCCAUCUACUCCUGGCUGGGCAAUCAACAACUCGUGGAGACAGUGUAUGACCGUGAUGACGUGGCAGUCGACUCCUUGUACAGUUUUCUCAAGAGUGUAACUGAAACGCAAGUCGAAGUUUGCCUAUUGUUUCAGUACAUCUGCUUGGAGGCCGGAUUACCGUGCAAAACAAUCUUGGGCAUCGACAAGCAGGUCUAUAAUUUUCCUGUCGGCGAUCUUGACGUGGAAGACAAUCAGGUCUGGGCAGCAGUCCACUUGGAUGGAUCUUGGCGAUUGGUUGAUGUGAGCGGUGCUUUCACUGGAGUGACGGCCCCUUCAGUUCCAGCUGGCUGUGUGCUCAUCGAGGAUUCCGGUGAAGCCAAGAGAGAAUGGUCGGAUGAAGAAGAGGUGAAAAAUACUCAGUACAGAGCCAACGACUUUUUCUUUCUUACUGAUCCUGAUGUCUUCAUUUACUUUUCCUGUCCUGGACCCUCCGAAGAUCCAGCAUGGCAACUGUUAAAAGAACCAUGGUCAAUAGAAAGGUUUCUUACUGAACCUAGGUUGUACGUGAAUUACUUUCAGGCAGCGUGGCGAAUGUCGGAGUCUGAAAAACAAACAUCCAGAAAGGUAGCUAUAAAAGGCAAGUGUUCAGUCACCUUUGUGAAACCAAAUGGAUCAGAAGAUCUUAAAUACAGGCUGUACUUCGACAAACAGCGAUCCAGAGAAGAGAUGCCUGAGGAUCUUCAACUAAGUCGGUACAUAUUGACAAAUAAUGACAAUAUUGACCUUACCCAGGCUCUCGUGACCAGGCUUCCUGUCAAUGGAUUGUACCUGCUCAACAUCAUGGACGAAAGUGAAUUUAAACUUUGUAGCAUAAGCAUAGAAGCUACACAGGUCAGAGGUCAGCAACAGUUCCCACCAGGCGCAAGCAUCUUCGGGCCCACUAAGGCAGCGGUGGACAUGGGUCUCGUCGACGUCUCGCGAGAAGAGGGCGUGCUGGUGGUUCGUGAAGGCGAGAAGAUACGGAUGAGGUUCCGCUCCCGCCGCUCUCUAGAGGUCAAAGCCUCUCUUCUGCACAAUAACCAGCCGAGUGAAGACCUCGCCGAGCGGCUGACAGUAAACCAGAAAGACGACGAAGUCGUUAUCGACGUUAAGGUACCAUACGACAACUUCAACCCUGAAUUCGCCGUCCAGAUCCAGGCCAGGGAGAAGGACAGCGACAAAGAGUUCGUGACUGUCCUGAACUACCUGCUGACUCCGGACACGGAGCUGGCAGACACUCUGGGAGACCGGAACAAGAGGCUGCUCAAGGAGCUUAACGCCGCUACAGCGGACAAUGACAUUGACAGGCUGGAAAUGGCGAUACAGAAAGUGUGGUCAGCUGGAGUGAAUGACAAUGUCAAGGUAACAUCGGAAUCAUUUUCACGUCUUCUGGAAGUUCAUCGGGAAGCCAUUCAGAAAGCAGAAAGAGGCAAUGACCCGGAUGUCCUGGAGGCCGCCAUCAACGCUGCCCACCAAUCAAAAGUGUCGUACGCUCUUCACCGCGCCCCUUGGUUUGCAAAGGCGGAGAGGAGGCUGAUAAGUCUGCGGCGCAUAGCCACCAUGUCGAAAAGAGUUCUAAAGCUGAGUAAGACAACCAUGAGUGAGGUACAUCGUAUCAACAAUCCACACCCUUCCGUGAAAUCUACCCUAAAGGCUGUACUAAUUCUACUCGGCAACAAACCUUCGAAACUUAAGGAAUGGAAGAACGUGCAAAGCAGGAUGCGCGUGCAGGGCAGGGAGGGAGUCUUUCAUCGCAUCAGUCAGUUCCAGCCUGACACGGUGAAUGGUGAGUCUCUACUCACGGCACGACAACUACUCAACACUUGCAGCGUGGAUGAGAUUCGCGCCACCAGCGCCGCCUGUGCCGCGCUGUACGACUGGGGUUCCAGCGUAUUACAAAUGAAAGACUCGGACAAAAUUUUACAAAAGGCGAAGACGGCUUUCUUUUGAGCGUCAUCGAUGAGAAUGCGUGGUUCAUUCUUUUGCUUACCAAGUUUCCAGUAUUAUUUUUGUUAUUAUUUGUUAGUAUUAUUACUUUUGAUGUCGUCUCGGCCAUCAUAUUUCAUCAGAUUUGAUUAUAUGAUUGACAUAUUAUCUAAAUAGAUUUAAGACUAAGGUUUUAAAAUUAGAAUUCUGUAGUACAAAUGGCUCAGAUGAUGGCCAGGGCACGCUAGCCUACAGCCGAAACUUAACUCUCGCUGUUGGCUCCACGCACCAAACCCUGACAAUUGUCUCAUCUGAAGGACUAAACGCAAUGAGUGGAGGAAUGGGUGAUGCUGAGACGACAGUACUUGAUGAGAGGGAAUUGAUGCUCAAGCCGUGCCAGCAACUAAGACUAUAUAUAUCACGGCAAGGCAGCCAGCCUUGUAAACAGAUGCCACAUACAGAUAAAGAAUAGCGCACCCGAGAUGAGAAGUGAACCCAGGACAGCCAAUGCUCACUGCACUGGUGACAGGCGCUAACCGUUGAGCCAACGGACCGCGCACGACAGUCCAGUACAAUUCCCUGAUGAAGUCAAGGACCAGCCCGGAUGUGUCCCAACAGGAACCAAGCUCGUCAAUGACAGCGUCAACAACCUCUCAAGACAUUUCCAUAACACUAAUUCAUGCUGAGCUCAUUAAAAAUAAUUUUAAAUUAU